GUCAUGCCUGUCGAACCUCUCUUUUACACUCACAUUUGAAUUACAUCUUUCUCCAACUGUAUCUAUAUGUGUGUAGGAUUUUGGGCCGUAUUAAUGCUUUGUCUAAUUUGAUUGUCCAAUCAAUUUAUGUUUCGUAGAUCUAGGGUUCGUGACUGUUUGAUUGAGGGCAUGGUGGAAUUUUUUUUUUGCUGCAAAUUGGAAAUUCGGUGUAAAUAUCUUCAAGGGCAGUGAUACAGUGUCCGAUUUGCUUAUUGCUCGCUAAAGAGUGAUGUGGUCGCUCGAUCUGGCUGGAUCAAUUUUUCUGUUUGGACGGAAAGUUUUUGAGUUCUUAUUAAUGUAGAUGCAUGAUUGAGAUACUUAGUUAUAUGCUUAGUUCUUUAUUUUUUUGGCUUUUCGAAAAUCUGAUUGAUAUUGAGAGAAUUCGCAACAUAAAUUUAGUAGAUUUUCUUUUUUGAUUUUUUUUUUAUAUUUUCUUAUGCUUAACUUCCAUAGUUGAAUAUUUUAUUUGUUGUGUAUGGAUAACUAUAUGUUUGCUUGAUUUCUAACAUGAUCGUUGUUCUGUUCUGGAGGCAGGGUUGAGAUCUCAUUGAAUCAUGUCAACUUUUGUGAAGCCAGAGAACGCGUUAAAGCGCGCAGAAGAGUUAAUAAAUGUUGGGCAAAAGCAAGAUGCAUUACAAGCUCUGCAUGAUAUAAUCACCUCAAAGAGAUACCGUGCUUGGCAAAAGACACUUGAAAGGAUUAUGUUCAAGUAUGUGGAGCUUUGCGUUGAUAUGCGGAGGGGUAGGUUCGCCAAGGAUGGUUUGAUUCAGUACCGCAUUGUGUGCCAACAAGUGAAUGUUAACUCUCUGGAGGAAGUCAUCAAGCACUUUAUGCAUCUCUCCACUGAGAAAGCCGAGCAGGCCCGUAGCCAAGCUCAAGCCCUAGAAGAAGCUCUUGAUGUUGACGACCUUGAAGCAGAUAAAAGGCCUGAAGAUCUUAUGCUGAGUUAUGUUAGUGGAGAAAAGGGAAAAGAUAGGUCUGAUCGUGAACUUGUUACUCCAUGGUUCAAGUUUUUGUGGGAGACCUAUAGAACGGUGCUUGAAAUAUUACGAAACAACUCAAAGCUGGAGGCACUAUAUGCGAUGACAGCACACCGAGCCUUCCAGUUCUGCAAGCAGUACAAACGUACAACAGAAUUCCGGAGGUUAUGUGAAAUAAUCAGGAAUCAUCUAGCAAACCUUAACAAGUACAGAGACCAAAGGGACCGACCUGACUUGUCUUCUCCAGAGAGCUUGCAACUAUACCUUGAUACAAGAUUUGAGCAGCUGAAAAUUGCUACUGAACUCGAACUGUGGCAGGAAGCUUUUCGCUCUGUAGAGGAUAUUCAUGGGUUGAUGUGCAUGGUUAAGAAAACCCCCAAGGCAUCCCUGAUGGUGGUUUAUUAUGCGAAGCUUACGGAAAUAUUCUGGAUUUCAUCUAGCCAUCUUUAUCAUGCAUAUGCAUGGUUGAAGCUGUUCACACUUCAGAAAAGCUUUAAUAAGAACUUGAGCCAGAAAGAUCUUCAAAUGAUUGCAUCAUCUGUUGUUUUGGCUGUGCUUGCUGUGAUCCCCUACGAUAAAACCCGUGGUGCCUCCCAUUUGGAACUUGAAAAUGAGAAAGAGCGCAACUUGCGGAUGGCAAAUCUCAUAGGAUUCAAUCUAGACCCAAAACUUGAGAAGCGAGAAGUGCUGUCCCGGUCGUCGCUCCUCUCAGAAUUGGUCACUAAAGGGGUGAUGAGUUGUGCAACACAAGAAGUAAAAGAUCUUUACCACCUUCUAGAGCAUGAAUUUCUUCCUCUAGAUCUUGCAUCUAAGAUCCAACCCUUAUUGGCCAAAAUAUCGAAACUUGGGGGUAAGCUUGCAUCGGCGUCAUCUAUACCUGAGGUGCAACUUUCUCAAUAUCUUCCUGCCCUUGAAAAGCUGGCUACUUUGAGGUUGCUUCAGCAGGUUUCUCGGGUGUACCAGACCAUGAAAAUUGAGAGUUUAUCUCAGAUGAUCCCCUUUUCCGAUUUUUAUGUUGUGGAGAAAAUCUCUGUUGAUGCUGUAAAAAAUAACUUCAUAGCUAUGAAAAUUGAUCAUAUUAAGGGUGUUGUGACAUUUGGUCACCCGGGUCUAGAAUCCGAAGGGCUGCGGGAUCAUUUGACUCAUUUUGCAGAAUCCUUGAAUAAAGCAAGAGGCGUGAUCUAUCCUCCAGUUCAGAAGGCAUCAAAACUUGGUGAAAUUAUACCUACUUUGGGAGAAGUAGUGGAGAAGGAGCACAAGAGACUUCUUGCUCGGAAAUCCAUCAUUGAGAAAAGGAAGGAAGAGCAAGAACGUCAACUUUUGGAAAUGGAGCGUGAAGAGGAGUCGAGGAGACUAAAACUUCAGAAGAUAACUGAAGAGGCAGAGCAGAAGAGGCUUGCUGCAGAAUAUGAGCAAAGGAAGAAUCAAAGAAUUCGUAGGGAGAUAGAAGAGCGGGAACAUGAAGAAGCCCAAGCAUUACUCGAGGAAGCUGAGAAGCGAAGUAAAAGCAAGGGGAAAAAGAAGCCAAUCUUGGAAGGGGAAAAGGUGACAAAGCAAACUCUGAUGGAGCGGGCUUUGAAUGAGCAGCUCAGAGAGAGGCAAGAAAUGGAGAAGAAAUUACAGAAAUUGGCUAAGACAAUGGAUUAUUUGGAAAGAGCCAAAAGAGAGGAGGCAGCUCCUUUAAUAGAAGCUGCUUUCCAAAGACGAUUGGUGGAAGAGAAGAUGCUUCAUCAACAGGAGCAGAAUCAAGAGAUUGAAACGAGCAGACAGCGGCACGAUGGGGACCUUGGGGAAAAGAAUAGACUGGCACGUAUGCUGGACAAUAAGUUGAUUUUUGAGGAAAGAGUUAUAAGUCGUCGUCAAGCUGAGUUUGAUCAACGAAGGGUGGAGAGGGAGGAAAGAAUCAAUCAAAUCUUACAGGCUCGAAAGCAAGAGAGGGAGGCUAUGAGAAAGAGAAUAUUCUUCGUGAGAACUGAAGAAGAGAGGCUGAAAAAGCUGCGUGAAGAGGAGGAAGCUCGCAAAUUUGAAGAGGCUGAGAGACAGAAGAAGGAAGAGGCUGAACGCCAGGCUAAGUUGGAGGAGAUUUUUAAAAGGCAGAAGCAAAGAGACCUGGAGCUGGAGGAAAAAGAGAGGCUUAGGAAGGAAGCUCUCUUGGGAAGAUCGACUGAUGGGCCUUCGAGGUUCUCCGAGUCCCGUCCACUGGAAACUGGAGCUGCUGCUGCUGCUGCUUCUUCUACUCCUGUGGCUGCUCCUGCGCCCGGUCCUGGAAAAUACGUGCCUAGGUUCCGGCGGGAAAGAGUUGAUGGUGGAGGGCAGGCCCCACCUCCAGAACCUGAUCGAUGGGGCAGCCGGUCAGAUGAUCGUCCCCCACAAUCCAGUGAUAGAUGGCGCAGCGAUGACCGUAAACCAUCAUACGGUAGCAAGGGUUGGUCAUCAUCCAGGGGUGCUCCUCGUGACCGCUGAUCACAUUAGUUUUGCAGAUUUUUGUUCUGUUUGUCUAGGUGGCUGUCGUGUUUGACGAUUGAAGUAGAACUUGUCUGGGAACCCGAGGAAUAAUUAGCGAUGAAGACAUGAAAGUGAAUGGCAGAGUUAUAGUCAGUCAGUCCGGCCGGCCUGAGAAAUAUUCAUAGUAUGUUUUUUGGUCAGGCUUGAGCUUGAGAGGGAAUUGUUUAAUCUCUUUUUCCCUUGUGAAAAUCUGUUAGGAUUAUUCUUUUUGCGUUGUUGGAAUAUAUUCCUUGUGAUUCAAGCUACAAAUAAAUGCUAAGAAAGUUCAUGGUAAACUACUAUUUCUACUUUAGAGUACAAGUCUUUAUGGACGUUG